AAGUAUAACCAUAACGUUCCUUAUAGCUUAUCCCGGAGCCGGAUGGUGCGCUAUCGGGGGUGCUGAAUGGGCGAAGUUUGUCUGUGUGUGUUGUGAAUGGACACUUCCGCUUCCGGGAGGGGCGGCUCCGGCUCCAGCUCCGGCUGCAGGUUCCCCUCACCGCCUCAGUCUGUCAGGGAUGCGCUGCCGGUCAGCGCCAACGUGAACCGAGCGCUCGCCCGCCUGCCCUUCCGUCAUCUUCAGAGUCGCGAUGCGGUGGGGCAAGGGGUGGGUGAAGUGAGGAGGGGGGAGGAGAAAGCCGGUGGUGGCGGCGGGGGACACGGCGGCGACAUUUUUCCCCCAUUUACCUCACGACACGAUGAAGAAGUUUUUUGAUGCUCGGAGGGAAGGCGCGGCCGUCGCCGCGGCAGGGGGAGGCCAGUCUGGAAACGCCGGCGGGUGGUCGUCCUUCCAGGGGAAGGUGUACACGGUGGGCCGCUACCAGGUCACGGUGGAGGAGUUGAUAGCCGAAGGUGGAUUUGCUGUGGUGUUUUUAGCCAAGACUCCCAGUGGUGUAAGAUGUGCUCUGAAGCGAAUGUAUGUAAACAGUGAACAUGACCUCCAAGUUUGUAAGCAGGAAAUAGCCAUUAUGAAAGAUCUCUCUGGGCAUAAAAAUAUUGUUAACUACCUUGACUCCAGUGUUACCUCGAUGAAUGUUAGUGAUGUAUGGGAGGUCCUUAUUCUAAUGGAAUACUGCAGAGGUGGUCAGGUUGUUAAUUUGAUGAACCAACGGUUGCAUUCUGGCUUUAGUGAAGCUGAAGUGCUGCAAAUAUUCUGUGACACUUGUGAAGCAGUGGCCAGGCUACAUCAAUGCAAACCUGCAAUUAUUCAUAGAGAUCUUAAGGUUGAAAACCUUUUACUUCACAAUAGUGGAAACUAUGUCCUCUGUGAUUUUGGAAGUGCUACAAACAGAUUUGUAUGUCCUCAGAUUGAAAGGGUUGAUGUAGUUGAGGAGGAAAUAAAAAAAUACACAACACUGUCAUACAGAGCACCAGAAAUGGUUAACCUUUACAGCGGAAAGUCUAUUACAACUAAAGCUGACAUAUGGGCACUUGGAUGUUUACUUUACAAACUUUGCUUCUUCACUUUACCAUUUGGAGAAAGCCAAGUAGCCAUCUGUGAUGGAAGUUUUACAAUUCCAGAUAAUUCUAGGUACUCUGAUGAAAUACACAGUUUAAUACGAUAUAUGCUUGAGGCUGACCCUGACAAGAGACCUAAUAUUUAUCAGGUUUCUUUCUUUGCAUUUAAGCUGUCAAAGAAAGUGUGUCCUGUUAAGAAUGUCAAUAAUGUGCAGAUUCCAGUGAAAAUGCCAGUACCAGUAAAAGCUAGUGAAGUUGUUGUUAAAAAGUCUCAACCACGAGCAAGGCUUACAGAUCCAGUACCAACUACAGAAACCUCGAUAGCACCUCGCCAGAGGCCUAAGGCAGGCCAGUCAACUCCAGCUUCGAGUGUUCUGACAAUUCAGCCUGCUGUGACUCCAAGGAAGAGAUCUGCCACACAGUUGGUUUCACAGCCAACAACCUCACAGGUGGUCUCGCAGCCAGUAACCGCACAGUUGGUUUCACAGCCAGCAGGAGCCACAGCUGCAAGUAAUGGGCACAUUGGUCAGUUACAUGGUCAGCAAGCACAAAUCCUGCCAGCACAUCCUCAGCAUCUGCAACCGAAACCACAGACACAUCUCUUACUUCAACAGCAUUGUCUGCUGCACCAACAACAAGCCUAUUUCCAGCAGCAGCAAAUGCUUCAGACAGCGCAGCGCUACCAAAUGAUCCAGCAGGCUCAGCAGCAAAUGAUGCAGAAUUACUAUCUUCAGCAGCAGUAUGCAACAGUCAUGCAGCAGCAAGCAGCUUUGCGGCAGAUGAUGGCACAAGGAUGCAUUCAGCAGCAGAUGACACUGCAACAACACCCACAAACUCUUACACACAUGCAGCAAAAGCUUCAAGUUCACCAAGCUCCACCCCCACCCCAGCAGACAGCCAAACUGUUGUCACUAACGCCACCAUCUUCACCGAAAGUACAACGAGCUGGCCACAGGAGAAUUGUCAGUGACGUCCCUUUCAGCAGCGUAUUUGGAGUGCCCGCAAGUCAUUCCUCUCAACAACUGGCAGAAGCUGCUGCUGAGGCAAACCUUUAUAAAUCUAAGUCAGCCUCUACAAGUCCUGCAGUAUCCCCCAAAACUUCACAGCAAAAUAUUUAUAAUCCACCAGAUAUCUCUACGUGGAAUCCAUUUGGUGAUGACAAUUUUUCCAAGCUAACAGCAGAGGAGCUUCUAGAUAAGGAGUUUGCUGAGCUACGAAAGGAUAAAGAUGUAGAACUGAAGAAAGUACCAACUGAAAAUGUAGCUCCAGGGUUUCCUUCUGGCAUGACUCUGCCCCAAACAGACAUGUUUGGGGCAUCACCCUUUGCAUCAGGGACAGGUGGUCAUUCAAAGAACCGCAGUGGGAGUUCAGAGAACGGUCUUCCUGGUUUAGCUAGGUCUUUACUGCUUGUGGAUCACCUUAUAGACCUUUAAUGCCACUUCCAAUAGACUAUCUGCGUUUAAAAUUACCUGAACCUUGCAGUAGAAAUCAAUCCAAAGAAAGCAUGGUAAAGUCAGUAGCAUACCUCAGUUGAAUGCAACGCCACCGAGACAUGAUUGUAACAAGAUGCAGUGGAGAUGCUACUAAAAAGACCGUUCCAUCAAGGCUUUCCUUUACCUUCUAUCUGCCUGUGCACCGUUAAUAUGCAUAUACAAGAAAAACUGCUUGGACUUCCCUCGAAUUUUCAAAACCUGCUGAAAUCCUCUUGCAUUGAAAUGUUACCCUGCAGGACCUUGGCUCGAUAUACCUCAGCAUUUUUGACCUUUUGUAUGGUAUAACUGCACUGCUGCAAUGCCCUUUACUUUUGCAGAGUGAUCAGCUGAUUUGGAAAUGAGCUUUAGCUUCUUUGAGUUUUUUUUUCAUUUGGUUUUGUAGCUUUGAAACAAUUUAAACUAACACUGCCUGGAUUCUACUACUGAAUGUUGUAGUGGCAUUGAGGUCAAAUUGUUUUCUCCUGUGACAAUUACAUAACUAAUAUGGAAAUGUGCUGCUCAUUUUGCAAUGUAAUGCUUUAAUUGCUUUGCCUUAGUUUGCAAUGAAUUAACUAUGUUCAGUUACUUGAGCAUUUUUGAUUUUAUCUUUUUCUGUUAAGGUACUCCAUUUUCAUUUUUGCAUUGGAAAAACAUACAAGUUGAAUGUGGAUAGCAGAACAUCACCUAUUUAGCUAUUUCAGUUUAAUUCCCUUUUGUUAGCAGUUUUAACUUGAGAUGCCUGUCUUCAGUGGUGUUCAGACACAUGGGUGAAGUGUCAUCCAAUCACAUAGGGCUAGGCAGCAGUGAGUAUGAAAGCUCAGUGUUGUGCACAAGUAAUCUUCUGUAACAGGAUUUAAAAUUUGCCUUUUAUUUGCAGCAAGCCACUAUUUUCUAUGAAUGAUAAAGUAACUACAGUUAAAUUUCUAAAAUGUGUGUGUUAUAUGCUCACUUUGUCUAAUUCUGCCUUUCUUGAAUUCUCUUUGUAAUCACAUUAAUGAAGGGCUUAGGAUUUUUUUUAGCCUGGGUGUAACUAAACCCUUAAUUUAUUGCACAACUGUUUAACAAGAAAGGAAAUUAUUUUGUCUUUAAUUUGGUGUGGAAUCUGGCUUCUAAUUUCAGUAGGUUUGGAAGUGAUCACAUUUUAUAGUAAAGCUUUUUUUUUCAAUUUAAAUAAGAAUCAACUACGAUUAACUUUUCAUAGAAUCAUUAACCAACGUAGCUGUAAACAAGCUCCAAAAUAGAAAAUUAAUCAUCUAAAUCACAGGUUUUGUGUAUCUAAAUUGGGUGGUGAGCUGCUUCAUAAUGUAACUUCACUGAUUUUAACAAAAAAAAGUGAAAGCAAAGUUACAAACUCUAAGCUACAGGGUUAAGAUAAUGAUGGAAUAGUUACUUUCCGGAUGUCUCUAAUGCCUAAUGUGAGGACUGUUAUGUGUCACUGUGCACAAUGUUGACUAUUUAAUAAAUUGCUUUGUUUUGACAGGGAUUUCAGAAUAUUAACCUGUGCACUAUAUUUUUUCAUUCUGUUUAAAUCUCGGGAAGUAACCUGCUUCCCUGUUUAUCUCUCAGCCAUGACUGGAAUAGUUGCAUUGUUUCUCUACUAAUUUCGAAUGUCCUACCUUUUAGUGUGAAUGACUGCAACCAACAGAUGACUAUAACAUGAUUAUUUAAAGCACUGUAAAUAAAUUUUAAAACAUU